AUUUUUUUUUUUUUUUUACAGAAAUUUAGAAAUUGGAAAAUUUUUUUGUUAUAAUGUCUACUGAUAAUUGUAAUUGUAAAGAUGUUGUUAUUGUUGAAGGAAUUUUCGGUGAAAUAUUUGCAGAAAGUACAUCGAAAGUAUCUUUAAAAUCGUCAGUACAAAAUCAAUUUGAAUUGGAGGAAUCAUUAUCCCAAUGUGGUGAAGGAGAUCAAUCACAACAAGGAGGAGUAAAAAUUAAAUCUUACACAAUGACAAAUUGUAAUCGAAUGGAAGUUGUUUUAAUUUCUUGGGGCGCGACAAUUGUAUCAUUAAAAUGUCCAGAUAAAUUUGGUAGAACUGCUGACAUUGUUCUUGGAUUUGAUGACAUAGAAAGCUAUAUAGAUCCUGUUAUUAAUCAGUACAUUGGAUGUAUUCUUGGAAGAUAUUGUAAUCGCAUAAAAAAUGGUUCAUUUACUAUUAGAGGAAAAGAAUAUCAGUUAUCUAAAAAUGAUGAAAAUAAAAAUCAUCUUCAUGGUGGGGUAAAUGGAUUUGGCCGUCAAUUAUGGAAUUCUCAUAUUGAUGGUUGCAGUGUUGUUAUGAGUUAUUUAAGUGACGAUUUUGAAGAAGGUUAUCCAGGAGCAUUAUUAGUCACUGUUCGAUUUACAUUGAAAUUUGAUAAUAAAUUGGAAAUUUCUAUUCGAGCAACAACAACAAAAUCUACAAUUGUCAAUUUGUCGUCAGCUUCUUAUUUUAAUCUUGCUGGCCACGAUGCUGGUGAAAGUGAAUUAAAAAAUCACAAAAUAUCAUUAAAUUGUGAUCGUUGGACGUUUGCUGAUUUUUCGGAUCCUGUACCAUUGGGUGCCAUUCGUGGAGUUGGUGGAACUGUUAUGGAUCUUCGAAUUCCUCAACUUUUGGGAAAUAUUAUGUUUAAUAUUCCCGAUGGUCAAGGAUAUGAUCAUAAUUUUUGUGUUCUCAAAAGUAGUCAAUUUGGACCUUCAUUUGUCGCAAGAGUUUUACAUGAAAAAACUGGAAGAUUUUUAGAAAUUUAUUCCGAUCAACCGGGAGUUCAAUUUAACACAGGUGGUCGUCUACCUCCUUAUUCAUGUGAAGAAAAAUCUCUUGAUUCUAAAUCUAUCAAAUCAAAAAUGGAGAAUAUAAAUUCUACAUUAACGAUAAAUGAUAAAGAAAGUGGUGAAAUAAAUUCAGAGAAUAAUUUCGAAGAUGAGAAAAUAAGUCAAAUCGAAUUUGAGAAUGAUAAAAUAUCAUUAAUUAAAAAUCUUGAAUUUAUACCAGGCAAGAAUGGUGCUCGUUAUAAAAAAUUUUGUGCUUUCAGUAUACAACCUCAAAAUUAUCCCAAUGCUAUUAAUAUCCCUCAUUUUCCUUGUUCUAUUCUUCGGCCCGGACAAAUUUACUGUAAUGAUAUUAUUUAUAAAUUCGGAGUACAAUUAUCAAAUUAUAUGUAAUUUUAUCAAUUGACAAGUAAGUGAACGAUUUAUAAAUAUUUAAUUAUUACAAGUAUUAUAAAACAAAAUGUUUAGGAAUUUACUCUAAUGAUCAAUAUAAUUUAAAAUAUGAAUAUAUUUCUAAAAAUACUAGGAAAAAUUUUUAAUAUUUAUUAUUAAAAAUUUUCUUUUUCUAAGCCAAAAAACAUUAAUUUAACUCUGUUUUAUUGACAAUAUUAAAAUUUAUUAAGCAUUUGAAAUUUGAAAUUGAAAUUAAAAUUGCGCCAAAUAAUUUAAAUUUUCCGAACAAAUAAAUCUACUACUGACUCUCUGAUUGGCUCUCACUGGCUGCCUGUGCAGGCAGCCAGAGGUGUGAAUGCGCCCUUAAUGUUGAUUCCCGUGCACAGCGCACGUGCCAAGUUCGGUUAACUCGUUAAGUUUAUUUUUAAGUGAAUAUGUGCAAAUAACAUUAUUUGGAAGUAAUAUUUAUUAUUAAAAAAUUGUCAUACCAAAAACUUACACUUUUUGUUAAGUAUUAAAGCUUGAGGACCUGCAGCACCCUCGAUUGGUCCAGAAUAAGCGUUUCCCGGUGCACCAGCAGCAAUUGUUUGAGAAUCGUACUCAUAUUUCAUUGGGGUUGUCGUGUGAGCCGUGGCACUAAGAGGCGAUCCUGUAUUUGCAAAAAAAAAUUAAGUAAGU